CUCCCUUUAAGCCUGCGACGACUCCUAGUGAAGAGGAAAAAAAGCAAGAGAGGAACCCAUUAUUGAGAAAAUGCGUCCCUGAAAACACCAAACCCUAAAUCGAGAGAUAAAGGUUCCAAGAAUUUGCGAAACGAAGUGAGUUUUGGCGCGGCGGUGAAUCGUAGAUGGAGAUUCACUACAGUAGCAGCUACUUCGAAAGACGUCCCAUUCUCAAGUCCAAGGCUCCCGCAGUUAAAUGGGUUAAAGAAUGGGUUCCCCAAGAUCUCGUAACAACUGGAGGAAAAUGCAUGCUCUUAAAAUGGGUAACAGAGGAUACCUUGAAGACCUUGAAAGAAAAGACAACAGAACCAACAAUGCCUGAGCCAGAACCAGAGCCAACUACUGAAGUACUUUUUCUUUGUAGCUAUGAUGGAUGUGGAAAGACAUUCAUAGAUGCUGGUGCAUUGAGGAAGCAUUCUCACAUCCAUGGAGAGAGGCAAUAUGUCUGUCACUACGAGGGGUGUGGAAAGAAAUUUCUGGAUAGCUCAAAAUUGAAAAGACAUUUUCUCAUUCAUACAGGGGAGAGGGAUUUUGUGUGUCCUCAUGAAGGUUGUGGUAAGGCCUUUUCCUUGGAUUUCAACUUAAGGUCUCAUAUGAAAACACAUUCCCAAGAGAACUAUCAUAUCUGCCCGUACCCAGAUUGUGGAAAGAGAUAUGCUCACGAAUACAAACUAAAGAAUCACAUUGCAUCUCAUCAUGAAAAGAAUGCAUCAGUGGAUGUGACAAAGUACACUACUCCACCUUCAGAGAAGCAAACAAAAACUGCUAAAUCGUCUGGAGGGGCAUAUGGUUCUGCAUCAUCCGACCGUCCCUAUGCAUGUCCAUAUGAUGGGUGUGAAAAGGCAUAUAUCCAUGAAUACAAGCUUAGACUGCAUUUGAAGAGGGAACACCCGGGGCUUAUGCCUGAUGAAAAUGCUGAGCAUGCUCAGGCUAAUAAUGUUGACAAUGAAAUGGAUGAAGCAAGUGACCAAGAUGCCUAUAUCACGAAACGGUCAAAUGGUAAAAUUCAGAAACAGAGUAGGCCUAAACCAAGUCUUAAGUUGCCUCCUUCCAAAAUUGCAAAACGCAAAGUGUCCACUCCCACUAUAACUGUAAAUAAAAAUUCUUGGCCCGUGAAAGAUGAACCUUUUGAUGAAGAAGAUAGUGAGGAAACAGAAGAAGAUCGUGACAAUGUUGAAGAUGGUUGGAGAUAUACUGGAGGAAACAAUGAAGAUGACGAUGAAGAAACAGAAUAUGAAGACUGAAAAUUAGUUAAGGCAGCCUCUAUGAAACUUGCUUCCUUAGAGAAAUAUAUUUUCUUUUUCUUCUACAAAAAAAAAAAAAAAAUCAGUUGUCUCGUUUUUAUUUGGCUAAGGAAAUGGUGUCUUGUGAAACUGAGUUGGCUGUUUACAUGCAUUAGGAAGGACUCCUAACUAUCUCUA